AUGGGAAGAGCAAAAAUCAAAAUGGAACUUAUUCAAGAUUACAAGAAGAGGAUGACAACUUUAGUGACACGGAAGACUGGCUUAGUCAAGAAAAUUUCGGAACUGUCAAUACUUUGCGAUAUCAAAGCAUGCAUGAUCAUACAUGAAGGAAAUAAUCAUCAAAUCUGGCCGAAUGAUCCAAAUGAAGUUACAGAGCUAAUAAAUCUCUACAAAAACCAUCCAUUCCAAGGCCGAAGUAAAUGUGGUAAGACCUUGUCCAACUAUUUCGAAAAUGAUGAAAAGAAAAGGGCUGGGAUCAAAGUAGAAAAGGAUCCUCCCACUUGGGAUUCAAGAUUUGACUAUUUCGAAAAUGAUGAAAAAAAGAAGGUUGAGAUCAAAGUAGAAAAGUAUCCCACUUGGGAUUCAAGAUUUGACUAUUUAUCUGAAAAAGAAUUGCAAAAUCUUGCUGGUGUUGUUGAGAAAAAGAUAAAAGGAAAAAUAGAAUUGUUGAAGAGCAUGAAUGUUCAUAUUGGAAGUUGCUCAGUUUCUCAUCAACAAAUAUGGGACAACAACUUGAUGAACCAAACUACUCUGUCUCUGUGGCCUAUUUCUAAUGUGAAUUCUUUCACCGAUUACAACAACUUCUUUCAAUCAAAUAUUCCAAUUAGUGGUAUGAUUGAGGCUGAAAACUGGUCUGCAAAUGUUGGAAUUGGUUCAAGUUCGACAAUGCAGCCUAUGGGGAGUAAUGGGAUUGGUUCAACUUCGACAAUGCAGCCUAUGGGGAAUAAUGGAAUUGGUUCAAGUUCAACAAUGCAGCAGCCUAUGGAUCAGUACCCUUUCAUAUACAAUGACUCUACUCGGGAUAUUGCUUCAAGUUCGACAAUGCAGCCGCCUAUGGAUCAGUACCCUUUCAUAUACAAUGACUCUACUCGGGAUAUUGCUUCAAGUUCGACAAUGCAGCCUAUAGGGGAUAAUGGAAUUGGUUCAAGUUCGACAAUGCAGCCUAUGGGGAAUAAUGGAAUUGGUUCAAGUUUGAUAAUGCAGCCUAUGGGGAAUAAUGGAAUUGGUUCAAGUUUGACAAUGCAGCCAAUGAAUCAGUACCCUUUCAUGUACAACGACUCUACUCAUGCUAUUGGUUCAAGUUCGACAGUGCAGCCUAUGGAUCAGUACCCUUUCGUAUACAAUGAAUCUACUCAUGAUAUAUCUUAUAGCUUCGUGUAG